GCCUGGCCCGGACCGACUGUGGGGCCGGCGCUUCCGGUGAGCCACAGAGGCUGCUCCCAAGGGCCUGGAGACUCGUGGGCGGGCUCUGGGACCUGCGCCCGUCGCCCUGGCCUGGAGUCCCCCCCUGUUCUUAUUCUCUGUGCCCCUGCCGAGCUGGGCAGUUAGCCCGCCCACCUCAGCUCUCGGAACCAUGUUUGCAGACUUGGAUUAUGAAAUCGAAGAGGAUAAACUCGGAAUCCCUACUGUGCCUGGGAAGGUGACCCUGCAGAAGGACGCUCAGAACCUGAUCGGGAUCAGCAUCGGAGGAGGGGCCCAGUACUGUCCCUGCCUCUAUAUCGUCCAGGUAUUUGACAACACGCCGGCAGCCCUGGACGGCACCGUGGCAGCUGGCGAUGAGAUCACCGGUGUCAACGGCAGGUCAAUCAAAGGAAAAACUAAGGUGGAGGUAGCCAAGAUGAUUCAGGAAGUGAAGGGGGAGGUGACCAUCCACUACAACAAGCUGCAGGCGGACCCCAAGCAGGGCAUGUCCCUGGACAUCGUGUUGAAGAAGGUGAAGCAUCGGCUGGUGGAGAACAUGAGUUCGGGGACCGCGGAUGCGCUGGGCCUGAGCCGGGCCAUCCUGUGCAAUGAUGGGCUUGUCAAGAGACUGGAGGAGCUGGAGCGGACGGCUGAGCUCUAUAAAGGGAUGACAGAGCACACCAAGAACCUCCUGCGGGCCUUCUAUGAGCUGUCGCAGACGCACCGAGCCUUUGGGGACGUGUUCUCUGUGAUCGGAGUGCGGGAGCCCCAGCCGGCGGCGAGCGAGGCUUUUGUGAAGUUUGCGGACGCCCACCGCAGCAUUGAGAAGUUUGGCAUCCGGCUGCUGAAAACCAUCAAGCCGAUGCUGACGGAUCUGAACACGUACCUCAACAAAGCCAUCCCAGACACCCGCCUCACCAUCAAGAAGUACCUGGACGUGAAGUUCGAGUACCUGUCAUAUUGCCUGAAGGUGAAGGAGAUGGACGACGAGGAAUACAGCUGCAUUGCCCUCGGGGAGCCCCUGUACCGGGUCAGCACAGGCAACUACGAGUACCGCCUGAUCCUGCGCUGCCGCCAGGAGGCCCGAGCCCGCUUCUCCCAGAUGCGCAAGGACGUGCUGGAGAAGAUGGAGCUGCUGGACCAGAAGCAUGUCCAGGACAUCGUGUUCCAGCUGCAGCGCUUCGUGUCCACCAUGUCCAAGUACUACAACGACUGCUACGCCGUGCUGCGCGACGCCGACGUCUUCCCCAUCGAGGUGGACCUGGCCCACACCACGCUGGCCUACGGGCCUGGCCAGGACGAGUUCACUGACGGGGAGGACGAAGAUGAAGACGAUGAGGACACGGCAGCCAGGGAGCCGUCCAGGGAUGCGCGAGGGGCUGCCGGGCCCCUGGACAAGGGUGGAAGCUGGUGUGACUCCUGAGUGCGCCCGCUGUGGGGUGCGGAUUUGGGGGGUAGGGUGAGUGGGAGGACGAGAGCGUGGGAGCGGGGGCUGGGCCGCCGCGCAACAGGGUGGCGCAUAAAGGCCUGCUGGCUUGGGGCGCCUGCCUCCCUGCUCCUCUGUCCUAGCUCAGCGAACCCGGGCCCCUCCCAGGCAAGGCCACAGGGCUGCGACCUCGGGCCUGGACCCUGGCCCUCCACCCUCCUCCCCUCUGCCCCAGCCAGGAGAGCUCGGUCUCUGGACCUGACCCAGGAAGGCGAGAGGGCAGAAGGGAAGAGGGUUGGCAGGGGCAGGAGGUCCAGGGCCCAUUCCUUGUGGGCCCCUCCGUUGGAGUGGGGACUGGGGGUGGACAGCCGAGGCUGGGCCAGUGUCUCGAGUGCACCCUCGCCUCCCCCAGGCUGGCCCAGCCCCGUCCACACUCACACCUCGGCGGCCUUUAUUUAUUUUAUUCCCAGCUCAGCCACUUCCCGGGGGAGGGCUGGGCUGGGCCUGUACUGAAUAAACAAACCCAGAUGGAGCCGG